AUGUUCUCCGCCGUUUCUCAGGUGGUUGCAAACACUCACCAACCCGAUGUUUCAUAUCGAUCCCUGGCAUUGCCGGCGAGUGAAGAUAGCCCAGAUAUCCGCCAGACAUAUCGACCAUUCAACCUCGACGACAACGCAUCCGAGGACUGGGUGAAUAGUUUGGACUUAGCCACCGCGACGGACAUGGCAGAACAUAACCUGCGGGUUACAAACGAGAGGCUGAAAGUCCCAGUACUCUAUGGCAGUCUUCGCAAAAGAUCAUAUUCGCGACUAGUGGCAUUGGAAGCUUCCCGGAUUCUGUUCCGGCUCGGCUGUGACGUACGCGUCUUUGACCCCGAAGAUCUUCCCGUGAAGAACGAGAGUGAUACCGCCCAUCCCAAAGUACAGGAGCUCAGAGAACUCAGUCUAUGGAGUAAUGGACAGGUCUGGGUUUCACCUGAGCAACACGGCAAUCUAACCGCUGUGUUCAAGAAUCAGAUCGAUUGGAUUCCGUUGACUACCGGAAGUGUUCGUCCCACCCAAGGCCGAACGCUGGCCAUUGCCCAGGUGUGUGGGGGAUCCCAAUCAUUCAAUGCGGUCAACUCUUUGCGUAUCCUGGGUCGGUGGAUGCGCAUGUUUGUGAUCCCGAAUCAGUCUUCGAUCCCCAAGGCAUACACACAAUUCCCGGAGGAAGGUCAGCCAGGAGAUCAACGACUCAUGCCUAGUGGCAACCGAGAUCGUCGAGUGGAUUGCAUGGAGGAGUUUGUCAAAUAUACGAUCCUGAUGCGGCCUCACAUCAGUCUUUUUAGUGACCGUUUUAGUGAGCGAGAGGAGAAGAAGAUGAAAGAGGCGAAGCUGAAUGCCUCUUUAGCCAGUUUAAAAACAUCGAAGUAG